AUGGACACGAACGCGCUUGUCGACCUUGUCCAUGAGGUGCAGGGACAGAUUUGGGUUGAUAAAGUGAACGAGACUCACAGGUUGGGCCGUCUCUGCCCGUGGGUGUCUACAUUCCAUCCCGACAAACUUCCCUGUGAACUUGAGGGUUCAUUCCACCAUGGCGCAUUCAAUGCCGGAAUGAAAAUGGUCUUCAGUGACCGCACUGUCUGGAUGGUACGUUUCCCUCUCCGCGCGUGGGGUCCCGCUGCCACCAACCCGCUUGGUCUCGGUCCGUUUAUCAUAAUGGAUUUUAUUGACGGGGUGAGCCUUGGUGAUCUUCUCCAAGAUCAUAGUGCCGAACGCCCCAGCCGACUUAUGAGGGAGGACAUCAGUGACCAUGAUGUCGAAAUUAUCUAUAGACAGAUGGCAGGAUUCCUGCUUCAGCUAUUCAGACUCGAUUUUGAACAGAUCGGCAGUCUGCCACCGCCACCACUGACUGAAGCUCAUCGCUUUACUUCCCUGCCACGGCCGCUAACAUUCAAGGUACACAGCAUCUUACAGAAUGGGGAAGUGAAUACAUUCGGUGACCGAACCAAGGGUUUUGCGACGACAACCGAAUACUUCCAGUAUGUUGUCGGUCAGGACUGGGAACAGCUUGUACACCAACCAAAUUCGGUCUGCGGCGAAUACGAUGCUCAAAACAAGUAUGUGGCUUUUAAGGCACUAAGAUCCUUUGUGCCAGACUUGAUCCAUUCGAAAUAUAAUCAUGGCAAUUUCAAGUUGAUUUGCGACGACCUCGGCCUUGCCAAUCUGAUCGUCCGCAGCAAGGAUGAUCUCACUGUCGUUGGAGUAGUAGACCUCGAGUGGUCUUAUAUAGGACCCGCGCAGCUGUUUGGCUCGGCACCCUGGUGGCUUCUCCAGGACAGACCUGUUAAUAGCGCCUGGGACUAUAAUGGCGAAGAGCCACCCGAGACCGCUGCAAGGCCUCCAGGCCACGAAGAAAAAGAGCUUUCUAGCCUCGUCAAGUGGUCGCGAGAAUCGGGAGCCAUGUGGCUCCACAUACUCCUCUCAUCCGGCUUCAACGAUCACCGCAGUUUUCCUUUUACGAAGCUUCGACAGCAUUUUGGAGCCGAUGGCUGGGCCAAGCGAGAGAAAGAAUUUGACUGUGCAGAAGAACUGGAGGCAUUCGCAUUGCGAAAGGUGGGAGAGUUAGAUAACGGAAGAAUGACCAAGGAAGAAUUCAUUCUCGCUGCUGCAGCAAUCAUAGAACCUCGCAGCUCCUUAUCAUCUGUGGUGAACGAUGAAGCAUCGAAUGAGAAGGUCCGGAAAGCCAGACCCAUUAGUUGA